AUGCCUGGUUGUGCAAAGCUUGGUAGUCUUCCCUUGGCUCAGUGGCUGCAUCAGGUGAUGAUCGAUAUGAGAAUUGAAGUUAAUUACAUCCUGGUUGCAGCUAUGAUCGAUAUGUAUUCCAAAUGUGGUGGAAUAGAAGUUGCAAAAAGUAUAUUCGAGAGGGUUCAGUGGGAUGAUGUUUCGAUUUGGAACUCAAUGAUCAAUGGCUUAGCAAUACAUGGUUUCGCACGGGAUGCAAUUGCAGUGUGCUCAAAGAUGGACUUCGAAACAGGGGCAGAUCGCUUCCGUAGCCUGGGCAGAGCUGGUUUCCUGCCGGUGUCAUCAUACUGGCAACAAAUUCUAGCAGUGGUGUUUGUUGUACGGCGGAUGAGAGCCGCCGACCGGAGGCGCCGGGAAGGUUGGAGAUCAAAACGAGGAGAAGAAGGGAGAAGAGGGUAA